CAAACAUUAACGGCAGCGUUCAGAUGACCGAGGAUAUGAAGUGCAGCUUGGGAAGGCAGCUGCAGAGCCAGCAGAGCAGACCAGGAGUGUGUGGGUUAGACAACUCUGGCAAUUCAUGCUACUUAAAUGCUGUUCUGCAGUGUCUUUGUUCAACUAUGCCCCUUGUAGAGCACCUUCUUAAUCAAGAUACACGCAAAGACCUGGGAAGGUGUAAAUGCAGGCUUGCACAGGUUUUUGUCCAGCUGCUGGAGAAGAUGUGGCUGGGGAGCAGCUCCAGCUGUGCCCCUGUUGAAACCAGGUCCAUGCUGGGCUCCAUCUUCCCCCAGUUUGAUAACUACACCCAGCAGGAUGCUCAGGAACUGCUGCUUCACCUUUUAAAUGGCCUCCAUGAAGAUCUGAAAAAGAUUCAUUUCUCGAGACGACAGCCAGGAGAAAAACAGAGCACCACAGAGUCCACUAUCAUCUCAGAUCUGUUUGAAGGCCAGCUAAGCUACCUGACCUACUUCAUGCAGUGUGGCCACCAGGCAAACAAUGCCCAAACCUUCACUAUACUGUCACUUCCAAUUCCCAAAAAAUCCAAGAAGUGCUCCAUUGAGGAUUGUUUAUCUCUGUUCUUUGAGGAGACCAUCCUGACUGUGGCCGAGCAGACGCUCUGCUCAGCCUGUGGGCUGAGAAGAGAAGCAGCAGUCCAAACCUGUUUAGACAAGCCCCCAGAGAUUCUCAUAUUGCACCUGAAACGGUUUGGCUGUAAGGGGAAGAGUCAGGUCAAACUGUCAGCCAAUGUUUCCUUCUCCAUGGAGCUGGAUAUUUCAGCGUUUCUAUCCAGCUCAGCACAGGAGACGUCUCCGUACCAUCUGUAUGCUGUUGUGAACCACACAGGUCACCUGGACAUGGGUCACUACACAGCUGUCUGCUACAACUCGCUGCUGGGGAUGUGGCACUGCUUUGACGACGCUCUCGUCAGGGAGGUGCAAGAGAAACUCGUACAGUCUCCAAAUGCUUAUGUUCUGUUCUACAUGCAUAAGCCAUUCUAUAAACCAAAGAUCCAGGGACUCUGAGCUCUCCAUCCUGAAGGAAGCA